UCAGGCUGCUCGUACAUACAAUCCCACAUCGUAAACACCUACAGCGAGCAGCACAGGUGGACGCACAUGUUGACCCACUGGCUGGUUGCCAGAUCUAGAGCUCAAAUCAGUGGGAAGCCUCCUCCCGUCGCGUGGCAGGGCCAUCAGCUCCUUCACAGAAUCGAGCUGCAGCCACAUACAGACACACAGAGGGCCCGUCUGUCUGUCUGUCUGUCUCUGUGUGUCUCUGUGUGUCUCUGUGGCUGCCUGGUUCACUCACCCUGAACAGCCAGAUGCGGAAGACAUUGGUGGCGAUCUUCUUGCGCUCCAUCUGACGGUCGCCGUAUCUGCAAACACACAUGCACACACUCAUGCGGCCCGCCGCGCAUCCAUCGUCCUUGGCUCACCCCACGAACUCGCUGAGAAUGGACAUCAUGAUAUCGAAGACCUCUUCGUCCGCUAUCUGGAUGUCGCCCCGGGCAUGCUUGGCCAUCAGGUCACACACAGCGCCCGCGAUCGACUUGUCACACGCUACCUGACAGCCAGCCAGCCAGCCAGCCAGCCAGACGUCCACAAAUGGACAAUCGCAAAAGGCAUAUGGAAGCAGACCUUUUCGUUGAUCUGAGCCAUGUUGUAUAGCAGAUGGAGGCACGCCCGGAGCGCAUGGCUCUCCGAGAAGGACUGCUCACGCACCAGCUGGUCGUCUUGCAGGAUGUGGAGGACCGCCUGCACCCAGCCGGCCUCCACAAGGGCAGCAGUGUGCUCUCGAGCACGAUCGAGGGACGAAUCUGAUCGUCAUACACAACAGGCAGACCGCCAUGCACACGCACACGCGCGAAUGAAUGAAUGAAUGAAUGUAUGCGUGUACCUGACAGGUGCAUGGCGACGCACACCGGCAUGAAGAUGUCCAUGUUGAUCUUGUUGCAGAAGCCCUUCGGCGUGAUCAUCAGCAGGGGGUUGUCCAGGAUGCCGCCGCUGUCCGUUGCGCCGAGCAGUGUGGCCAUGGUCUUAAGGGCCGAACCGUCCGACACCAACACACGCACCGGCUCGCGCAACACUGAUAUGCAAUGAGACCACCGAAGGAAACGCCCAGAUGCGGGCGGUCGUUGCGAAAGCCGCUGUACCUUUGUCGACGAGAAUGAGUUUGUCCUUUGUAGGAUGCUGGUUGUGGGGCAGGUGGGCGCAGCGGAAGACGCAGCCGAUCAGACUCAUCGCCAGCCGCUUCGUGCUGUCCUCCUUGCUGCUCGUGAGCACCUCCACCAGCCGGCCCACUCGCGGCACCAGCAGCUCCUCUAUGGACGAAAACACCUCCUUGAAGCGACCAGAGGGCAACACAACACACAGGGCAGGGCACACACACCCGUCACCAAACACACCACACCCACAUGCAGGUAUUCCUUUGGUGCGGCAAGGCAACACACCGAGUUGCACAGCAGCGUCGAUGUUCCGCUCCACAGUGGUCCGGGCCGAGCCGGCCACCAUUUCCGCCAGCAGAUGGAAGGGCAUGCGGCAUGACGCCCGCCACACGAUUGGCAGCUGCUCGUCGGUGGCCACGCUCAGCAGCCGCAUCCACAUGGCCACGGGGCACAUCGAGGGCGCCACGUGCUGGGAGAAAGUCAGGUAGAAGUGGAAGGCUGCACGGGCAUCCAAUCCAUCCAAUCCAUCCAAUCCAUCCAAUCCAUCCGCCAUCCAUCCAUCCAUCCAUUCACUCACCUUGGUUCAUCUGCGGUGGGUAGCGCACAAGCAUCUCGGCGCGGGUCAGGAAGGCCGUGUGCUUGGCCAAAAUGACCUCGCGGUAGUCGGGGCCCUGUCGUUGAAAGACGCUCUUGACGUCCCGCAGCGACAGGGGUAUACCGCCGAUUGUGUUGCUGGUGGUGGCCGACAGCAGGAUCGUGUAGAUGGCCUCGUCCACAUCAGUGAAUUGAGUCGAGUCAGGCAGGAUCUGCUCCAGGGCCGCCAGCAGCCGCUUGACCACGGCCGGCUGCGACUCGAAGCAGAAGGGGUAGCCGGCGAUGAGGAGCUUCGAGAAGGCGAUGGCGGCCGCCUCACGGCACGAACGACUGCUCGCAGCCUGCAAGCACCGCAUGAGCCACAUCACAUCCACAGGCCAUCCACUCAUUCCGUUGCUGCGUCGUACCGUACAUACCUGGAUGAUGGAAAGCACCGGCUGGUGCAGCGGCUUCUUGCCCUUGGCGAGCGGCGCCAGGAUCUUCUUCAUUCUUGCACCUCCCACACCGAUAGCAUCGUCUUUUUCGAGGUGGACGAGGUUGCUGAGCUUGUCGAGGAGCUUGUCCACAUCUGGGUCGGUGUGCGGCGAGGCCUCGUGCAGCUGCUUGGCGAUGGCUUCCAGCUGACUCACCAGCGAUGAAGAUGCCGUCACGGUGACCCGGACAGAACGAAGGAACGAAAGAACGGCCUUCCUCCGUCAGAGCUCGCAGAUCGACGCUCAAGGUUUGAGUGGACGCCACACAUGCAUGCGAAGCUCGUCUUGACGAAUGAUGUGUGACGGACACAUAGUUCGGUCCAGUGAGUCAUUUCUCUGCAGCCCACAUACAAACACACGCCCGUGAGGCCACGAAAAACCACUCCACUCACUCCACUCCGUCACUUGUCACGUGUGUGUGUGCUGCACGUCGUGCGGUGCUGUGCUGUGCUGUGUCGUGUACACCACAGGCAGCCAUAUGUAUAUGCAUGCCAGUCAGACACACAGGUAUACUUGGAACCCACCAGCAAGUAAUAUACGAGAUAAAUGCACUCCAGAUCUGGAUAGCCUGCCUUCCCUUCCUGUCAGCCAGCCAGCCAAUCAAUCGUCACCCAGUCAACAGACCAGACCAUGCAACCCCGCCAUCCCAUCCCAUCCCUUCAUCCCCCCAUCGCCCCGUCAUCCCUCACUCUUUGCUGCCUGCCUCGCUGCCAUCUCCACCCGGCCCGCCGGCAGACUGCUUCCGUUGCAGCCCACCAAUCGCCAGCGAAAACAGACGACCAGGCACCCGCACCCGAGUGGGCUUCCCGGCAUUGUCCUGACUGCUGUUGUCGGCUCGGUCGAGUGGCUCGGUGGCGCUCCUGAGAGUGGGCGGCGGGCUGGGUAGCCUCUCCUCUGCCUUGGGGGGGCUGACCACAGCUGCCGCCGCUGCUGCUGGGGGUGCUUGGGGGGCUGGUGUCGGUGCUGCAGAUGACGACGAUGGUCCUGAUGGUGCUGACACAUGGUUGAGGUGAUGGUUGCCCCCCUCCCUGUCCCUCUCCUUGUCCCUCUCCUUGUCCUUCUCCCUUUCCCUCUCGCGCCUGCGGUUGCCCCCUCCUGGCCCACUGUCCUUCCCGGCGUCACUGGUUCUCUCCUUGCCCCGACCCUGAGGCUUCUCCCUCGUCGGCGGCCUCUCCCUCUCAUCUCGAUCGUGGGGCCCAUCCGUCCCGCCCGUCUGAUCGCCGCUGGCCCGUUUCCCUUUGCCGACGUGCCGACUGGUCGGCUGCUCGGAUGGGGGCUCGGUGGGAACCGCGGGGCUGGAGGUUGAUCCGGUCUCACGGUGCUGCUGCGACUUUGGGCCUUCGCGACGGACAGCGGGCGCUGGGGUUGGCGAUGUUGCCUCAGGCGGGGACUCUGCCGGCGCUGGCUGAGUAGACGAUGAUGACGCAGCAGCCGCAGAAGCAGAAGCAGAAGAAGCGUCGUUGGCUUCCUCAUUGGUAUUGAUAUUGUCUUGAGAGGCGUCGGACCUCUUGUGUCCCCCUCCCCCUCCAUCGCGUUUUCCUCCCCCCGGCCUCUCGCGACGCUGCCGACCUUCACCGGCACUGCCUUGCUGCGUGCCUUCGCGCGGUCUGCCUCCUGCCAGAGCGGUGUGGAUGACACCCACAGUGGCUAUCUUCGGCCUCGGGCGAUCGGCCGACUCGUCUGGCUGUUUCCUGCCGAUCGACGGCGCCCAUGACGUCUGCGGGCCGGCGGGAGCGAGCGACGCCGGCACGAAGGCGGCGAGGGGGGCCGAAAGCUGACGCUCCGGAUGCUCACGCUCGCGGCUCUCUUUCUCCUGUUGCGGCUGCGGCUGCUGCUGCUGCUUGCCGGUGGUGUCGCCGCCGGCCUUCUUACCCCUCUCCCUCUCCUGUGGCUCUUCGGUCCGCUGCUGGACUACUCGGUUCUCGUCUCUUGUGGGACGCUGCUGUCGGUCGACGAUGGGCGGGGGGGACUGAGACAUAGGUGGCGAUGCGCCUACGGACGGCAUCUCGCGAUCCUCCACACCCCUCCUGUGCUUGGGGAACAGCCCCCGACCCGCCCCACUCGACGGCCGGGCCGGAGCUUGCGGAACGGACGAGCCGGCGGUGGGCUUCCACGCAGUCUUGGGCUGGUAUCUCGGCACCGGCAGCCCCUCGCCCCUCCCUCGAUGGUCGCCACGGUCCGUGUCAUGGUGGUGGUGGUUGUGGUGGUGGUCAUUGCGAUCUGCCCGUGGGUGUGCGAGGUGCGGGUGUCGUGGGCUGAGGCUCUCAUUGGGGCCGUCGUCGGACGGGGAGGGGGGCGGGUGGGCGGGGGGAGGCGGCACACGAGAGCCUCCUGAGCCGCUCUUGGCCUUGCCGUCCCCCCUGGUGCUGCUGGCAGUGCUGUCCUGUCGGUCCAUGUUGCCCCUCUCCUCCUUGUGCUGCUGCGAUGUCGCCUCCCUUGCCGUGGCCACGGGGACCCACCUCUUGCUGCUGGGACUCUCCGGCACCGACGGCGACUCCCCGUCGAUCGACUGGCUGGCGUCCCUCCUGCCCCCCUGUGGCUGCUGCCUCCUGACAGGCACGAUGAUUACGUCGGCCUCCAGCUCACUCCUCAGCGACCCGCGCCUCUUGGGCUCUCUGCGCCGCUGCUCGCGAUCGCCACGCGGGCCCUUGUACGAAAGCUGGGGGCUGUCCAUGGCAUCUGGUGCUGCUGACGGCUUGCUCUGGACAGCCGGCGGGGUCUCCUUGACUGCUGGCGGCUCAGAAGGCUUCUGGCUGGCGGGGAUGGGCACGUCCGUCUCAGGGGCCAUGCGAUGGUGGUCAACUACAGCUGAUGCUGACGCAGACGAAGAUGGCUGCUCAAGUGCUUGUGGGGGGGCGGGGGCUGCGGCGGGUGCUGGGGCGGGUGCAGCAGCAGGGACUGGCGAGCCUUGCGUCGAUCUUGAAACACCACCACCACCACCACGGGCCUCAUCCACCGCUGGCUGAUUCUCUUUGCCACGCCGGAACCGCUCUCUUGUCAUAACCUCGUUGUCCACAGCCACAGCCACAGCCACACGCACAGGCACAGGCACCUCCCUCUCCUGUUGCGGCUCCUCUGCUUGCAUCGCAUUGGGGCACUCAGGCUCAGGCAUGACCACUGGGGGCGGCAGUGGCUCGAAGUGCUGCUCGUGCUUACCGUCCAAACCGUUCAAACCGUCCGUCGCCACGCCGUUGUCCUCUCUCUCCCUCUCGUCGGAGCUGGCUUGCUCCACGUCUGGGUCCGUCUGCACCUCCUGCGUGAAGCGGGCAGGGGCGGGGGAGGCCACCGGCACCUGAUGGGGGUGGGGGUAUGGCUGCUGCUGCUGCUGGUGCUGAUGGUGGGCGGCCACGAUGCUCACAAGAGGCGGCACCACCAUUGCCUCAUCCGCCCUCUGUGUCGGCAUCCUGCCCCCAGACGGGACUUGAUCGCUCGGAUGGCCAGCCUGUGGCUGUCGGGGUCGUGUGGCCGGCGGCCCCCUCUCCCUCUCCCUCUCCCUUGGGCUGCCAUUGCCCGAUCCAAAGGGCCACGCACGGUGAGCAGCAACAGCAGCAGCACUGGCAGCCGCAGGCGAGCUGUCGACUGAGGGAGCGCCGUCCAUGUCGACGGCGAGCCUGCCGUCCGGGCUGUACUCCCACUGCGCGAUGGCCUCCAGCCGAGGCGGGUGCUGCUGGUGCUGACGCCUGGGCUGAUGCGGUGGCGGUGCAGCGGCCUGCCUGUCGUCCAAGUAGAUGAUGGCCUGGUGGUGGGGGGUGUGCGUGUCGGGGGCGGGCAGCAAGCCGGUCGAAAGGGCCCGCAUCUGUGCGAUGGGCGACGAGUCCCCCGACAUCUGGCGGUGGGGCUGUGUGAGCGGCUGGUGCGGUGUGUGGGCGAUGAGGGGCCGCAUGGGGUCCGUGAUGUCGUCUCUGCGCGUCGACGCCGAUUGCACCGACGAGGAGGGCAUCGGCGCGUUUGCGAUCCCGCGGGUGCGGCUGCCGCCCCCCAACGCCCUCCUCUCUCUCUCGUGAGACGACGGCACCCCCGAUUGGCUCAUCGAUCGGUGGUGCUCCUCACCCAUGCCCACACCAAUCGCCAUAACGGCAUGCAGGCUGUCCGCUGCCGCAGAACCCCGCCCAAAGGCUGGUGCCUCGCCGUGUUGUGUGUGUGAGGAGGGAACAAUCCCCUGCCGAUAUGACGCCGCCAGUGGAGCCGACACAGCGAGUGUCGACCUGUGUGGGUACAUGGAGUGAGCAGCAGCAGCGGCCGCUUGCAUCGUCGAGGACGACGCCCGCGUGCCGCCGCCCGUCGCGAGCGACGAAACGCGGUCGUGCGAUUUCUCGCGGGAUGGUGUGUGGACGUAGUGGUUGUGGGUGUGGUUGUGGUGAGCCGAGAAGGGGCUCUGGCUGUGCGACAGCUGAUGGUGGGGGUGGUGGUGGUAGUGGGUCGACGGCAGGGUGGCGGGGUUGGGGGUGCGCGGCGGCAGCUGAGGGGUGGUCACGGCCUUCUGGGGAGGGGAGCGCUGUCGGUGGUUCGACGACAUGUGGCUCGACGCAUAACGCUGGUGCUGCUGCGGCGGCUGCUGGCCACCCCCAGCCAUAGCCAUGCCUGCUCACGCCACGCGCCACGCACAAACAGAGACAAAAGGAAGGAUAGAGGGAUGGACCGACCGACCGACGAGAAAUGAAUGACCCGUUCCUCUCUGGCGUCGCUGCGUACCAUCAACAGGCUGCAGAGGUCUCCCGUUUCCAUUAUUCUCGCCAGGGUACCGUCCGCCUCCCCCUGCUCCCUUCAUGUCGCCGUAGUGGUUGAUCCGCGCGGCCGGGUACUUGGCGUGGGCAGCGUAGUAGGGCGACGGAAUCGACUGCGGGGUGGGCAUCAGCGGAUUCUUUCCACCCUGCUGCAUCGCUCUCACGCCGUUAACCUUGGACACGUGGCUCACGGGGGGCGGUGGUUGCUGCUGCUGAUGCUGGUGCUGAUCUGACGGAGGCGGGGGCCUGUGGUAACUUGAGCCGUGCGGCUGCUGUGUCUGCAUGGCGGGCGAUGGGUGAUGGUAGGGGUGCACAUCCGGUGGCGGCGGCGGGGCGGGAUGCUGCGACGCCCCCUGCACGCCCAGACCCCGCCCACGGCCACCAUAUCUGGCGCCAUCAUGCUCCUGGUGAAAUGAAGAAGGAGACGGCACACGCUGGUAGGGCGCUGGCGAUGGGGACGGAUCAGGAAGGACGCCGGGCGGCUGCCGUGGGACCAUGCGAUCAGCCGAGGGCCUUUGCUGUUGCUGCUGCUGGUAGCCGUCAUGUGGAUGGGGCUUGACUAAGGACAGAGCUGGUGUGGACGGUGCCGGGGUGGUCAUCUGAGAGGUCAUCUGUGAGUCCGGCUGCUGGUUGUGGUGCGAUGGCGUCGGCGGGGGCUUGGCCAAGCCCACGCCGCUGCUGCUGCUGCUGCUGCUGCUGCCUUGUGGCUGCUGCUGUGAUUGCUGGUGCUGCUGCUGCUGCUGGUGCCUGUGUGUGUUGUUCAAAAACUGCAUGAAGCCGAAGGCUGACGUGAAGUCGAUGCCAGGCAUGUGCUUGAGGUGCUCGAAGCCGGGCAUGUUCUUGAUGUGCUCAAAGAUGGUGUGCACCAACCGGAACUGACUGUCGUGCUGGCUGCCAUGUGUCUGGCCCGACACAGCACCAGGGGCCCCCUGGGCGGUGGUGCUCUGCGGCAGAGACGCGUGCAGCGCGCUGUAGAGACCGGCAGCAGCCACAGCUGCCUGCUGCUGCUGAUGCUGCUGAUGUUGCUGCUGCUGCUGCUGAGACAUAAUGGCGGGGCCCAUCAUCAUCUGCUGCUGCUGCUGCUGCUGCACAGGGGGGCGGCCCACAUGGCCAGUCCCAUUAGCUCCACCAUCACUGCUGCUGCUGUUGCUGCUGGACGGCGCAGACUUGCCGCUGCCUCCGACCCCCCCGUGCAGGACGGCAGACGUCGAGCCCCCCGCGGCCACGUCGCCCCCUCCCUCUCCCGGCCGUCCUUCGGUCGCCGACGCAGCCAGAGAUGGCAGCGGAGACGAUGCCGCCGUCACGGCCCUGGAGGACACGUGCGAGUUGGCCGCACUGUCGUCGGCUCGCAGGUCGCUGUCAGACAGUCUCCGCACCGUGGCACCCUCGUCGGGGGUCUCCCUGGGUGGUGGCGGGGGCGGCGGCGGCUGUGGCGGCUGUGGCUGCGGAGGGGGGAUAAUGAUCGUGCGAGUGUUGGUGUCUGCAGCUGCUGUGGGCAUCAGGGGCAUGGGCGGCUCGGGCAGCUUCAUGGGCGGCGAGUAGGGCGAGAGGGGGAUGAUGUCAUUGACCGUCUUGAGGCCGUGGGUCUCGCAGUGCUUGCACCAUCGCGUCAAGGGCUGGAUCGGCGCCUUGACCGCGAUCUUCUUCCACAUCUCCUCAACAUUGGUGUGCCAGUAAGGCGCCUUGGACGCCAGACGGGUCAGCUCGUCCAGCCGGCGCACCUCAUCGGACGGCAGCAUGUAGGACCUGGCGGUGGUGGUUGUGGCGGUGACCAUGAGGCGGCACACGAACUGGCAGGGGUUGAAGAGGACGUGUGUGGCGUCGGGGUCCCUGCAGGCCAGCGGGAUGAGGUCGGCCUCGGAGUGCUCGUGAGAGUAGCGGGGGCGCAACCCAUGAGGCAGCCCGUGAAUCACAGACCUGCAACACAACACGCGCACACACACAGAGGCACACACAGGGGAUGGAUGCAGGUGUGUGUAUGGUAUGGUGGUGCACACUCGUCCCUGGUGCCUGUCGGUGUGUCGAUUCGGUGUGUGUGUUGACCUAAGUACCUGAUGUCUCUUCUGCUGAGGAAGUCUUUGCUCCACCAGGAGUCCCAGUCAGGACACAGCCUGACCACCUGCACCACCAGCAGGUUGCCCUCAAUCAGCGCCACCCCAAACAGCCCCGGCCAGUCGGCCGGUGGAGGCUCUAUCGACGCGGGGAUGAGGUAAAGGUUGGAAUCCUGCACCACCGUCGCCAUGUUGACACGCCCGCUCCGCAUACCCAUGUCGAAAAUCCGGUUGGCCCGACCAAUCUCCCACUGGUACAGCAGCCACGUCGCUGAGCUGACCUUCCCCGCCAGGUCCAGUGGCGGCUCCCCCGUCCCCCCGCCGCCCUUGCCCGCCGGAUCCUCUAUCGUCAACAGCUCAUCCCACACGCCGCCGUGACACUGAGGCCCCAGGAUUCGGGCCGCCACCUCAGUACCGUUCUUCUCGGUCGAGCACCGCUGGGUCACCGAUAUGGUCUGGGAGAGCCGCUUUCUGUCGCACAGGCGGCGGAAGAGCGACACUAGAGAGGCCGAGACGGACGAGUGGAGGACCGCCAUUCGGUCGAGUGGCGGUGGGAGGUCCAGUGUCUCGAAGUUGUCAUUCCAGACGGUGAGGAGCGUCCAGCAGAUGGACGGCAGGCCGCCGUCGCGCAUGGCGGGGAGCCGCCUUGCCUUCACCCAGUACUUGAGCAGCCGCAUCACCGAUUUCAAGUGGGGCCGCUUCUCAACAACCUUUCAUUCACACACACACACACAAGGCACCCGCCACACACCGAUACACACACUCAUUGCCAGCCGAUGCAUUCCAUGCCAUGCCCCCUGUCUGUUUCGCUCCGACCGACCUCUCCGAAGAACUCCGUGUGUCUGAUGGAGUUUUCGGUGUUGACGGACAGGUCGCACACGACGGUGAGUGACACGGCGCGAAUGCUGAUGAUGGGCACCUUGGCCGACUCGACCAGCUGCAACUCGCAGUCCUUGAGGACGAAGAAAGGGUGCGACGGGGGGUAGUCAUGGGUGUGCUCCCGCAGCUGCCGCAGACCGGUGCUGAUGGCCUGCAGCACGUUCUUGGUGUCGCUGUGCUCCACGCGGAUCACCACGUCCAGGUCGCUGUAGCGGGUCUCCACGUCCCAGGCCGUCGAGCCCGCCAACUCCAGCUGAGCACUCUCCCCUGACAUGACAGACAGACAGACCCACACACACAGGCAGGCAGGCAGGCAGGCAGGCAGGCACACACAGUGCACGCCACGCGCUGAUUCGAAAUCGUGUGUGUGAAAGGGCGGGUGGGCGGGAGGUUAUGAGGCUGUCUUUCGGUCGGCUGUCUGGCUGUUUCGUGGUUUGUACCGAGUGUGUGGGAGAUGAAUGCCUUGAGGGAGUCCAUGAGUGUCUUCUUCUUCCUCCUCUCCUCCUCGUUGGGCGUUAUUUCCCGCAGCAUGGCCGCCAGCUGGUCGUCCGAGGCGGCGAAGACCGCAAAGGACGGGGGGGCAUCGGCCAGGGCCACAGGCCCUCCCUCUCCCUCUCCCCUACGCCGGAGAGCCUCGUUGCCGCGCCAACUCGACACAGGGACGUACGCCAAGCUCUCCCUCUCCGGGUCAGCAUAAUGGUCAAAGCUGUUAUUGGCCAU